GAAUUACGCAUUUGACUUGCAAUUAUUUGGUUAGGUAAAAAUUUCAGGGUAGUCGUCUGGGGAGAAGGUGGAGGAUUAUUGAGGGAAUUGAGUUUAUUUGUCGUGUCUGUGGUAGGGAAAAGUGUCUAAAAAAGUGUUUGAUAAAGUGGGAAAAGCGUCUUUAAACUCAUGGUGUAUGCUUUGUGAGUGCCCAUAAGCCUGUGAUAAAUGUGUUCUAGCUCACACCCUCAUGACUACGGAGGCACCCCUGCUGCAGCUGGAUUUGGACGAGAAAACACCAGUGAUCCCCACGAGCAUCUCAACCCACCCACAGACGCAGCCCAAAGACGCCAAGGAGCAUCAGGAAUCCAAAGGCAGAAGCACGAGGAGGUGCACCGAUGACAAGAACAGUGUAAUCUCCCUCUCCAGUUCAUCCACUGCGGGCGCUGACGAGGACGAAGAGGAGGACAUCUGUCUGGUGCCUGAAGUUAAUUUUGAGGGCAUAAAUCUGGAUCCGGCUGGAGUGGACAAUCGGGAGUCGCAGCCCUUACUUGGAGGGCGCGACUGUCCGGACGCUGCUGUCAAUAACUUUCCAGAUGAUCCACAAUUCAGUGAGCUGGUGAAUCAAGCAGAGAUUGCAAUUGAGCAUGGAAUCUAUCCAGAUCGAAUUUACCAAGGAAGCAGUGGAUCCUACUUUGUGAAGAAUCCAUCAGGGAAAAUCAUUGGAGUGUUCAAGCCGAAAGAUGAGGAACCGUACGGUCGUUUGAAUCCCAAGUGGACCAAGUGGAUGCACAAGCUCUGCUGUCCCUGUUGCUUUGGACGUGCCUGUUUGAUUCCCAACCAGGGAUAUCUCUCUGAAGCGGGUGCUAGUUUGGUGGACCAAAAACUCAAGUUGAACGUUGUGCCGAAGACAAGGGUAGUGCGCCUUGUCUCCGAAACCUUCAACUACAUGAGGCUUGAUAGGCAAAAAGCACGAAUCAAAAAGACCAUCAAGGAGCGCUACCCUUCAGCUAGAUUUAAUCGUAUGAGUCUGCCACCCAAAGUAGGCUCCUUCCAGCUCUUCGUGGAUGGCUACAAGGAUGCUGAUCAUUGGCUGAGACGCUUCGAGCAGGAACCCUUGCCAUCGAAGCUCAACACUACAUUUCAGCUGCAAUUUGAACGCCUCGUUGUGCUGGACUAUAUAAUCCGGAAUACGGAUCGUGGAAAUGACAAUUGGCUGAUUAAGUACGAUCAGCCUACGAUUGUCAACAAUGGUACGGUUACGAAUGAAAGUGUGCCUGGGAACAGCAAACAGGAUUUGAAUGAGCACACAGAUUGGAAUGUGGUGCAGUUGCCUGAAAUCCGGAUAGCGGCUAUUGAUAAUGGGCUGGCGUUUCCCUUUAAGCAUCCGGACUCAUGGCGUGCAUAUCCCUAUCAUUGGGCUUGGCUGCAGCAGGCUAAGAUUCCAUUUAGUCAGGAAAUCAAGGAUCUGGUGUUGCCACUUCUAUCUGAUUUCAACUUCGUCGAAGAACUCUGCAAUGAUCUAUUCCAGCUCUUCAAGCAAGAUAAAGGAUUUGAUAAGGGGCUCUUUGAACGUCAAAUGUCUGUGAUGCGUGGUCAAAUAUUGAAUUUAACACAAGCCCUCAAAGAUGGAAAGAGUCCACUGCAGUUAGUUCAAAUGCCAGCAGUUAUUGUUGAAAGAUCAAAAGCCAAUCCGGGAUCAUCAAGAUUCUUUUCAUUUCAGCAACGCUUCCAGAACAAAAGUCCCUUCUUUUCCUGGUGUUAAUUUUGCUGAUAUAUAUACCUUGUAGAUGUGGACUGGGAGAUUUUAUGUCUUUGUGAGAUUGGGCGAAAAAACAUUCAAUAAUUGAAAUAUAGGAGUUAUACCAUAUUAGAUGCAGAGAUCAACAAAGAAUUUCUAUAUUUCUCCACCAGUUAAGUUUCUAUUUGUGAGAACCAUUUGGUGAAAAAAAAGAUUGAGAACAAAAUUUAACUUCUUUUUUGUACAUUUAACUAGAUUUUUUUUUGUAUUCAUAUGGAAUUGAGAACGAGAGAAAAUAUAUCCACAUGAUUAGUCAGAGGUGGUUUGUUUGCCUCCUUACCAGAAAUUUUUGCCAGAAACGAAGAAAGAACAUUCGAAAAUCAAAUAGAAUAGAAAGAAAACAGUUUCAAGAGCGAAAAUUAGGGCUAUUUAUUGAAAAAAUAUAAUCUAUAAAAUAAA